AUGUCGAUCGGAGUGAACUUACGAGUGACGGGCCACACGUCCAUCGGGGGGCGCAAGUACCAGGAGGACUACUUUUCCGUCGCCUAUCAGCAAACGGAGAAUGAUCAAAAUCUGGAGUAUGCAUACUUUGGAAUUUACGAUGGGCACGGUGGAGCGGAAGCAUCGCUGUACGCUAAGGAACAUCUGAUGAAUGCGAUAGUGAACCAGAAGCUGUUCUGGUCGGACAACGACGACGAAGUGCUAAAAUCGAUACGUGAAGGCUACAUCCAGACACAUUAUUCGAUGUGGCGCGAGCAAGACAAAUGGCCCAAAACAUCGUCCGGACUGCCGAGCACAGCGGGGACAACCGCCAGCAUUGCGUUCAUCAGGCGGGGGAAAAUUUACAUCGGUCACGUAGGCGAUUCUGGCAUUGUGUUGGGGUACCAGAACGAUAAGGAAUCGGCACACGAUGGUCGCUGGGCGGCAAUGCCCCUCACCGAGGACCAUAAACCGGAAAGUUACGCGGAAAAGAUGCGUAUUAUGCGUAGUGGCGGCAAAGUGGUCACAAAAUCCGGAGUGCCUCGCGUGGUCUGGAACCGGCCACGCAUUGGGCACAAGGGUCCGGUACGAAGGAGCACCCCUAUCGAUGAGAUCCCGUUUCUGGCCGUCGCACGCAGCUUGGGGGACUUGUGGAGUUACAAUUCUGCUAUGGAUGAAUUCGUUGUCAGCCCCGAGCCGGAUGUAUCCGUAAUUGCGAUAGAUCCGAAGAAGUAUCGGUGCCUCAUAUUCGGAACCGACGGCUUGUGGAACGUUAUGUCACCGAAAAACGCUGUGGAAAUAGUACGUAACGCUGAAAUGGAAAAUAUCCGCAUAGCCCUCGAGGGUGGACGAGAAUGGAAAAAUCCUAGCAAACUGUUGGUCAAUGAAGCACUCGAGCGAUGGAGCCGUAGCAACAUGAAGGCAGACAACACAUCCGUCGUUAUCAUCAUGCUCGAUCCACCCGGUCCACCAAAGCGGGACGUGUUAAAAUCGGUCAAGAAUACGUUUCAACAUGCUGCUAGCGAUCACGGAACUGCGAGAACUGGUACGACGGAAAACAACAUAGUCGAUUUGUUCGAUUGUAUCACGCGAGGUGAAGCGCUACCGGUGGCACAGGAAGUGGCCUCGCGCCGGGAAACGCAUGAGCUGGUUAGCUUACAGUACGAUACUCAGCCCCUUCAUCUCGAUCAUCAUCCGAUGCAGCAGCAACAACAUAACUACCACAGCAUGCUUCAUCACACCCCGGAAGAUUAUACGGAAGCGCAGCAGCACGAUCGUGACCGUCAUCUUGUGCAUCAGCACCAUACCGAGCUGCAGCACACGGAUCUCUAUGGUCAAGCGGUUGCCUCUACCUCGUACCAUCAGGAGCUUUCCUAUACGGACAGCUUUGCCGAAUCGUACAAUUCGUUGCUGGAUCGUAGUUUUGAAAAUACUGACCACUCUUACACCACGCUGUUCCAUCCCACCGGUGAGCACGGACCUGAUGCUACCGAAGAUAGCUCGGAAUCUUACCAGACCAGCGCCAGCAUGGUGGAGGGAAUUCGACGCGAGGAUGAAGAUGAAACUAUGUUCGAUUACCUGACCGACGAGGAAACGGUUACCGACCAAACAAAGGAUUCCACUUAUUCUCUGACAAAUUUACAAACCAAAUCGGAGCGGUUGCGGGCAGAGAUGCUGGAGUCGUGCAGCUCCCCGGACGCGUACUACCAUCAACACCAUCGGGCUGACGACGGUGGCUAUCAUGCAGGAAACUUGGCCAUCAUCGAGCAUUUCCAUAACUAUCAUCAUUCGCCGCACGGGAAUUACAGCGAACCAAGUGGAGCGAGCCAGUCCGAUGAAACGAUGGGAGCUGAAGAAACAUCCAUCGGAGGAGCUAUGCGCAGCUUGACCCAACACAACUACCACCAGCAGCAGUACCACAUCGAAAUGAAUGAACAGCAGUACCACCAACCGCACAACGGAGCUCACUUACAAUCGCACAGUUUUCACCAUCCAAACGCCUAUCAGAUGGAACGCUACGAUUACAGGCAUACAGCGAACAACAACGGGACCGUCGUACCUUGCGAGGCCACGUGUAGCAAGUACUCAUCGAAGGGCAAAUCCCAUCAGUUGUACGGUUUCGCGAGCGAACUACAAAACCACGUUAGCAUGGAUGGCAAUACGGAGGCGGAAGCGGACAUAGAUGAUGAGUGUGAGCCGCCGGAUGAUCAGCAGCAGCCACAGCAGCAUAUCAUUUCCAUCAAUGGGCAUCGCAUCCAGAUAAACGAAAUAUCCUCGUCGUACGUUAGCGCGUCCCGUGCAUCGUCGGUUUUGCUCGCCCGCUCGGACAGCGGGUGCACAGGCAGUGGAGCUGGCAGCGGAGAUGAGGAGAAUAAUGCGUCAUCAACGAGCUCGCACCGGGGCGCAACCACCGGCGUGAAGCAGGUGGUCGUACCCGUACUGGUGAAACCACGCUCGAAGAAAGCUGGCGGUUCUACACGCGUGUUAACUAUUUUCUACGAAACACGGAGCAGCCGUCGUAAACCAAACCGAAACCGCAGCAGUACGUCCAACCUUCCCGAGGGUGGCAGUAGCAGUGCGAUGUUGAAGACCGCUUCUCUCAGCAGGAUAGCGAAACGCAGGAAAACAACGACGACAGCUGUCGUUCGAGCGACGGUCCCAAGCAAGGAAUCGGUGGGCGAACGCACGGUUACGAUAGAGCGAAGGAUUCUGCGCUCCAACGGCGUGGUGAACGCCGCCGCCAAGCAAAUGUCGAUCGGAACUGGUGGUGCGCGUGUGGUAAACCGUACCCUGGCACAUUCGCUUGACCAACAACGGUUGCUGUUGAACGAUUGUGGCGUUAGUACCACCACGCCUAGUCGUAAUGUUACGCUGAGCAAACUAGGAGUCGGAACGAAAAUCGAUCCAUCGAUCGGGGAUCGAUCCAGCAUGGCGAUGAGGGGCGGCUGCAAUACCAGGCGGGCGAGGCUAGAGGAGCAACAUUCGGCUAAUUUGCGGAAACCCAUCACACGUCAAACGGAACUGGAACUGGUGGAACCGUCGAAAGGUGGUCACUUACGAACGAAGUAUCUGCGGCGCGCACAAUGGCAAAAGGCGUAA